AUGUCUUUUUUGCAUAAACUCGAGGGUGCCCUUGACAAGGGCAAGGCCAAGUUGAAGGAGCUUGCGGAUAGUCGGACUGGCCAGCAACCGCAGCAGCACCAGCAACACUACCCUCCCCCACCCCCGCAACUAGGACAACAACCAUACUAUCCUCCCCAACAACAACAACAAUACUAUCCUCCUCAGCAACAACAGCCAUUCUAUAAUGCUCCUCCUCCACAGCUACAAUCAUACCCAGGGGGCCCUCCUCCGGUCCCCUCCUGGAAUAAACCCCAACCUCCACAGCCUCCCAUUCUCUCAUCGACACGGCCUCAUCCUCCUCAGAUGCAGCCAUACUGGCAACCACACUUUGAUCCAUCGCUCCCUAUCUCCACUUAUUUCAUUCAUGAAACCGGAUCGCAUGGCUGGGGCAACAAUGAAUCCCAAAACUACACCAACUCUCCCCAAAAUUCCUUUUUUGGCCCCUCGCAGUUGAUUGUCAGAGGUAUCGUCAAUACAUCAGCCGAGCACGACAAGUAUACCUCUGCACGCCUGAUUUCUGAGCAGAGAUUAGCACGUACAUGUGGAUUUUUAUCUGCCACUCUGCGAGCGCCUUGUGCUCAUGGGAUUUGGCCCGCCUUCUGGCUCUUACCAGCACAGCCAUUUACUUGGCCUAACGAUGGCGAGGUUGACAUAUUUGAAAGUUGGAAUGGAGAUUGCGUGAACCACUCAUGUCUGCACUGGGGGCACUUCAAUGGAGAGGACUGGAAUAAACAUCGAGUCCUUGAAACCCCUAUUCAUGAUAUGGCUCACCGAGAAGUGACGAUGGGGUUCGCUUGGCAGCAGAAUGGAGAUCAUAACGGUGCAGGUGGAAAGAUGGUUUGGUAUAUCGAUGGCAAGGCGAUUAUGAAAGCUAAUAUUCCGGAGGGCACAAGAAGGCUGAGCGACUACCGGAUCAUUAUAAAUGUGGCCAUGGGUGGAAAUGUUUGUCAGGGAAAGCUACCCGCUGAUGGUACAUAUGACUUCGUCCUGAGAGACCUUGGGAUGUGGGAUACACCGCCAGGUGGCUGGGAUCAGUUUACAAGAGAUUUUGAGGGUACGACGGAAGGCAAGACCAUGUGA